AUGUACCGUAACAUGGCGACCCGAGAAAGAGAUGCCACGCGCUUCAACAAUCUGUACCAGUACCAAGGACCAGAUGCCGCGACGAUGAGACUCCUUGGAGACAAAGCCCCCAAAUGGGCAAAUGGGACGGAGAACUUCUGGCAAGCGCUUGAAAUGGGGCCCAUGCCGCCGGGCGAUCCUCAAGUCUGGCUGAUCCUCUGCUUCCAGUACGGCGCCUUUGGGGAACAGAGUCCAGAAAGCCUGGCCCGGGUCGCAGAGAGUAUGAUCGAGUAUGGCCGCAGGUAUUCGAAGCUGGAGAGGGACCUGGACGCUCCGGGCAUCCUCUUUAUCUUGGGAAGUUCUGUGGCUGAAGACUUGUGGUACAAACGACUGCAGGUUAAAGAUAGCGACGAGCGACGCGGGCGAGUACUCGAACGUCUGCGGUCAUUAAACAUGCGAGAUGUGGCAAGGCCUUAUGCCGAUGUGUACCACCAAGUCAUGGCUGCAAAGCUGCAAGAGCUGAGACGAUGUGCAUUUAGCAUUGGUGGAGUGGCGUAG